AUGAAUUGUGAAUCGUUGCUCACUGCCCUUGACGUAUCCACUCUACUCUCAACUCUUUCCUCACCUGAAAAAGAACAUCGUCGUAAAAGACGACGUGGUGAAGUAGCCAAUCCAUCAAACACUCUUGAUGCUCUUGUUGCUCGCAAAGCCGACGAUCAACCAUUUGAAAAGAGAUAUCUAAGUGAACAAGAAGCAAUUGAAGGACCAGAUGAUGAGAUUGAAAUGAAAAAAAUGGAAUUGGAUCCUGAUGUAUCUACACGCACCUGCUCUACCUGUGGUUACCAAGGAAAAUGGGUGUCUGAGAUGAUUCGUCAUAAGAGAGUUCAUACCAGUGAAAGACCAUUCAAGUGUCGUUAUUGCUCCAGAACCAGCAAGUGGAAGGCUGACCUUAUUCGACAUGUUGCAAAAACUCAUGGAAUCCGUGUUGUCUCCAAAUACAGCCGUUCGAAAGUCUUCGAUGCCACCAACAGUUCAAUGGAUUCUUCGUGUUCUUCAGACUCUGAUCGAUGCAUAAUUUCUGAAAAGAGAACAGUGUUCUAUCGUUGCCAAUUGUGCUCAUUUGAAGAUGAAAGAGUAUCUGUAUUGAACAGUCAUGUAAGCCAUCUUCACAACACCUCCCCAUGUGUUUGUCGAUGUGGCGCUAAAUUUGAAGAUGUCCAAGGAGCACUUGCUCAUUCCAAUGGUCCAUGCUCCCAUGUUGAUAUGAUUUACAACGUUAUGCCAACUUAUGAGAAAGCAUCUCCAUUAUCCCCGUGCAGAAGCGAAUCCUCAUCAGACAGCGGAAUUCAGACAGAUCCUGAAGAAGAAGCAUCGAUUAUUACAUCAUCCCUACCAACUCCUCAACUUGGAUCAUCACCUCUUCUGUUGUCACCAACACUUCCAGUCACUCCAUCUUUCCUUCCAGACAUUCAAUCAGCUCUGCUGAGCCUUCAGCCAAAUCCAUUAAUGUCAUUAUACUUGGCAUCUCUCCUACAAUCUUCCUUGUUGAAUAGUCCAACUAUUCCAACAUCUUUUCCACAAAUCAUCCCAACUACGAUACUUACACCUUCUCAACAAGAUGAGAUGGUUGACGUUGAGAUGUAAUUCUUAAGAUCUUGAAUCCAUAAUCUCAAAAUUUAUAAUUAAAACAAUUUAUCACUUCUUUACUUGAAUAUCUCAGGUUCAUAUACUCGAACCAAUAUAUUUUCUGUUCUACUUAGCCAAUCACGCACACAAACCCCAAAAAAACCCCAAAUCUUAGGUAUCUACUCACAUACGAAUCUCGUCUCAACUCUCAGCUUCCUGGUGAAUUCAUAUUUUCUUUGCUAAUUUUAUUUUCCUUAUCUGUUUCUACUAUACGAGUCAUGUUUCUAUCACACAUCCCUCCAUAUUUCUCUAUCACAUUUUUCACCGAUUUCUCUUUUUUUCGGGAUUGUUCUUAUUUAUAUCGUUACGAAUAUUUGGAAAUAUACGCUUGUUUAAAAAAGUAUUAUCACCACUGCAUAAACUCAUAUUUUAAGCGAU